UCUGCAUGGUGAGACGGAGGAGAGAUGGCAGACCGUUCGGAUGAAGCGACCCCGUUAAUUAACAAGUCACCACCCCGCAUAAGGCAUGGAAAGCUCUACCUUGCGGUGUUUUCAGCGGUUCUGGGCAAUUUCAAUUUCGGAUUUGCUUUAGUGUUCCCUUCCCCUGUCAUCCCUCAGCUUAAACAGGGAGAUGACACUCGGCUGCAAAUGGACGUCCAUCAGAUAUCAUGGUUUGGCUCAAUUUUCACUCUUGGAGCGGCUGCAGGGGGUCUCAGUGCCAUGUUUCUGAAUGACCGAGUUGGACGAAAAAUAAGCAUCAUGAUAUCAGGACUACCGUCUGUUCUAGGUCUCCUUGUGAUGGGAUCUGCACAAAACUUCUGGAUGUUGUUAUGGGGCAGAUUUCUGACUGGUAUCGCUGGUGGCAUCACUGCGGGCUCCAUUCCUGUAUACGUGUCAGAGAUCUCCCACCCAUCUGUGAGGGGUAUGCUGGGUUCAUGUCCUCAGAUCACCGCCGUCUUUGGAAGUCUAGCGCUCUACGCUCUUGGCCUGAUUUUGCCAUGGAGGUGGCUGGCUGUGGCUGGGGAAGUUCCUGUUGUUAUCAUGAUGCUUUUACUUUGCUUCAUGCCUACCUCUCCACGUUUCCACAUCAUGAAAGGAAACAGAGCUAAAGCUGUUAAAUCACUAGAAUGGCUAAGAGGACCCAAUUCUGAUUAUUUGACUGAGUUUAAUAAGAUCGAGCGCAGUAUCACAACUCAGGGUGUACAAUGGAGCGAUCUUAGGACAACAUCAUACUAUAAACCAAUCCUGAUUUCAGUCUUCAUGAGAUUUCUUCAGCAAAUGACUGGUAUAACGCCGAUUCUGGUAUAUCUGGAGCCCAUAUUCCACAUGACAGCUAUAUCGCUGGAACCGAAAUAUGAUGCGGCUUUAGUAGGAGUUGUAAGAUUGAUCUCUGUUGCUAUUGCAGCCAGUUUGAUGGACAAAGCAGGCAGAAAAGCUCUACUCUUCACUUCAGGAUUCUUGAUAUAUAUAGCCAUGCUUUCAAUGACCAUGUACACCCACCAAACACCAUGCAGCCAAGGCAAUCUCACGCUAACAGAGGGCCUGAAUAUGUCUUCUGAAGUCCAUCCAGGGGCUGCUUUUGAUCCAAAGACUCUAAUUCCUCUCAUCAGUGCCAUGGUUAUCAUUUUUGGUUAUGCUAUGGGCUGGGGUCCAAUCACAUGGCUGCUAAUGUCAGAGAUUUUACCUUUGGGUGCACGUGGUGUCGCAUCCGGUUUGUGCGUUGGUGUUAGUUGGGUCACGGCCUUCGUCCUGACGCAACUCUUCAUGCAUGUUGUGGUCGCCUAUGGACUCUAUGUACCUUUCCUGUUCUUCUGUGUGGUCUCUGUAGUGAAUAUAAUAUUCACUGCUAAGUGCGUGCCAGAAACCAAAGGUCGAACUCUGGAGGAGAUUGAGAACUACUUCAGGACUGGCAGAAGCUUCACCAUUCAUGAUCCUUAAAACGUCCAUAUGCUGGAUUUAGAAGGUGACACUAUUGAAUCUACACUGUAGAAAAUCUCUGUUAAUUAACUGUUUCUGUAUUUUGUGAUUCACAAGUGUUUAUUUAUGGUUGUGAAUUGCAUAAUGGCAUGUUGAUUUCUGCUCUGUCGAAUUUUGAUGUUAAAAAUUCAACUCUACAGUUUAACAAACUGUCUUUAAUGACAUUUUAGCAGUUUGAACUAAUAGGUUGUUUUCAAUCACGUGGUUUUGGUGACGCACGAAAUUCAGAUGGAGGGCAGGAAGUAAAAAACUGAAUGGGAGGCAUAGAGGAAAGUCUGCAUUUUUCAAGUAGGUAUCGCUGCAGCCCGGAGACCUCCAAGUGGGAGGGAUUACACCGCAAGUUGGUUGGGUGACCUCCAAGUGGGAGGGACUUAAACCACAAGUCGGUUGGGUUUACCUUUUGUAGGUGGAGUAGACAUUAAUAAAACACAUCAGGUUACUGUGAGGCUAGGUUUAGGGUUGGGUUUAGGUGUAGACGUUAAUAAAACACAACAGGUUACUGUGAGGUUGGGUUUAGGGUUAGGGUUAGGUGUAGACAUUCAUAAAGCACAAUAUUGAACUCUAAAUACGACUCAAUAAAUAAAAUAAAUAAAAACUCCAGGUUUGCACAGACCACUUGGAGCUCGAAGGCCCACCCACUUGGAGCUCAAGUCCCACCCACUUGGAGCUGGCUCCAACCUCCGUUUAUACCCUUCUCGUAUUUUUUGCGGUUUAUACCAUAUUCCAAAGGAGAUAUAAAUAGAAAAUAACCACAUAUGUUGGGCAUCAUAAAGAGGGCCGAGUUUUUUACUGAACUCAAAUAUAUUUGCCUGCCAUCAAUGCGGUACAUAUUUUGUGAUAAGGCCUUUGUUAGAUUAAAAAUACUAUAGGAAAUACUAUAGUGUUUUGGAAGCAUACUAUAGACAAUUACUUGAAUUAAACUGUCGUAGUAAUUAUAUUGUUGCUGUAGUAAGACACAACUGUAGUAAUAAACAAAAUAUUCAAUACGCUUCAGUUUUCUAUGCUAUAAUAAUACACCAUCACAAUGCACCACAGUUUACAAUAACGUUACAGUAUUUAUCACAGUUUAUCAGUUUACUAUGCUACAGUAUUCUGUAGCAUUCAUUAACAAAUAGUUGCACACAUUCAACACUUAACUAUGUGGUUCAAAAACAUGUUUAUUAUAAAUUACUAUAGUUUUUUUCCACAUGCGGAUACAGUAUCUUCCAGACAUCACAAAAUAACAGAUGAAAGCAAUGCUUUUUUUUUGUUCGGUCGAUGAACUUACCAUCAACAAACAUUCACCGCUGUUGCACAUCUCAAUGUUAAUGCUAUGGUUGUUUAUUCUGCCGAAACGCUAGUAAAGACAUGGAUUAUUGAUAAACAAGAUGGAUUGUUUUUCAUUGCAGCGAUUACAUGACAGGGUACAUUAUUUAUAUUCCUGGAUUUAGUAUACGUGUGGUGGUCUUUGUGUCUGAUUUUUAUAUAACACAUUAACAUAUAAUGCACAUAGCCAGGCCUGUAAUUAAUAAGAAUAAUAAGAAUCUUUAUUGGUGCUGUCAAACAAAUUAUCGCAUUCAAAACAUGGAUGUAUUGAAAAAAUGUUUAUUACAUGCCGCCUUUUCUUGUUUUUCAGCCAGUUUUUUUAACUGUCCCCCCUUUAUGAGCAAAAACUUUUGGAAGUCUAUAAAAGUCUGUUUGACAUUUAUUAUUUUGGCCGAUUUAAACAGUUAUAAACAACAUAAAGCAGAAACAUUUUGAUGUUUAGCGAUUCCUAUGUAGAAGAACCAUUUCCUGCCCUCCAUCUGAAUUUCGCACAUCAUCAAUAACGUGAUGUAAAAACAACAACCCAUACAUCACUUUAAACUGUUAAAUAAGUUAAUAAAAGUCACCUUUUUUUACUUGUCAAGACUAAAGGUUGUUGGAAGAAAGAUUAAGGUCCCAUAAUCCAAUUCAAAUGCAUAAAUUCAAAACAUGGAUCACAGAAUACAGAAAACUGCUAAUUUUAAUUAUACAGUGUAUAGUGCCAAGACAAAACAUUGUAUUUUACUCCAAUUGUGAAUUAGUUUACUAAAUAUUAUAUCUGAUUUAUAUAUAUUGCAUUGUUGUGGCUCUGAUGUAAAUAUCUUAAUUACAUUUUGUAAUGUGUAAAAUCUAUCCGAUGCAUUUUUAUUAGAAGGAUUAACUGUAUAUGAAGAGUGUGCGGAUCUGAAAUGUUUAAUUAA